CUCUGCCCGCAGUGUCGCGGCUCUUUACGCGCUUGGCACGCUGUUUUUUCUCAUAUUUACCUGCCGACACCCACAAAGGAUUAUUCUAAUCGAUCCUCAAUCGAUUCACUGCCAUGAAAAUGAAAGAUCAUGCCUCCUAGAUAGCACCUUCAUCUUUCGCUCCACUCUCUCCCACCCCUUGGCCUCUUCCUCCGCCUUCUUGGUCCAGUACUACCUCUGCCACCAGUGACAUCACUGCCAUCAUGCCACAGAGGAAGAGGACGCGGCCGGGACUGGGCUUCCUCUGCUGCUUCGGCAGCAGCGAGCCUCCAGAGAUCAACCUGAAGGACAGCGUGCCUCUGCAGCUGCUCGAGUUUAGCGCCCCCAUUCCCCCUGCCGAGGAGUUGCACGCACGCUUCACUGAACUGGUGGAUGAGCUGGACCUGACGGAUAAGAACAGAGAGGCCAUGUUUGCGCUGCCUGAUGAGAAGAAAUGGCAGAUCUACUGCAGCAAGAAAAAGGAGCAAGAAGAUCCCAACAAGCUGGCCACCAGCUGGCCUGACUACUACAUCGAUCGCAUCAACUCCAUGGCCGCUAUGCAGACCCUGUUUGCCUUUGAUGAGGAGGAGAUGGAAAUGAGGAAUAAAGUUGUGGAAGAUCUGAAGACAGCACUUCGGACUCAGCCAAUGAGGUUUGUCACUCGCUUCAUUGAGCUGGACGGCCUCACCUGCCUACUCAACUUCCUGCGCAGCAUGGACUACGACACGUCCGAGAGCCGUGUUCACACCUCUGUCAUUGGCUGCAUCAAGGCCCUGAUGAACAAUUCGCAGGGUCGUGCACACGUUCUGGCCCACCCGCAGAGCAUCAGCACCAUCUCACAGAGCCUGCGAACGGAAAACAUCAAGACCAAAGUUGCUGUGCUGGAGAUUCUUGGGGCAGUGUGCCUGGUACCUGAUGGACACAAGAAGGUGCUGCAGGCCAUGGCACACUACCAAAAGUAUGCUGCUGAGAGGACACGCUUCCAGACCCUGCUGAACGAGCUGGACAAGAGUACAGGCCGCUACAGAGACGAGGUCAACUUAAAGACGGCCAUCAUGUCCUUUAUCAAUGCCGUGCUCAAUGCUGGAGCUGGAGAGGAUAACUUGGAGUUUCGCCUCCACUUAAGGUACGAGUUCCUGAUGUUGGGCAUCCAGCCAGUCAUCGACAAGCUCCGUGAGCAUGAGAACGCCACUCUGGAUAGGCAUUUGGAUUUCUUUGAGAUGGUGAGGAACGAGGAUGACUCUGAGCUUGCCAAAAGAUUUGAUAUGACCCAUGUAGAUACGAAGAGUGCCAGUUCCAUGUUUGAUAUGAUCAAGAAGAAGCUGAGCCACACAGAUUCCUACCCACACCUCCUCUCGGUCCUCCAGCACUGCCUGCAGCUGCCCUGUAAGCGUGGUGGAGGCAGCCUGCAGCACUGGCAGCUCCUAGACCGGAUCCUUCAGCAGAUCGUCCUACAAGACGACAAGGGCGAGGACCCUGAUGUUGCCCCCCUUGAUAACUUCAGUGUGAAGAGCAUUAUUCGCAUGUUGGUCAACGAGAAUGAGGUGAAACAGUGGCGAGAACAAGCAGAAAGGUUCAGGAGAGAACACGCAGAGCUUCUGGGUAGACUGGAGAGGAAAGAGCGCGAGUGUGAGACCAAGACCCAGGAAAAAGAAGACAUGAUGAAGACGCUGAAUAAAAUGAAAGACAAACUUCAGCGUGAAGGCGUUGAGCUGCGAUCUGCCAGGGAACAAGUCCUCGACCUGUCCUCGCGCAUCAAUGACAUAGCUGGCAGCAACGCCUCUUUCCCGCCUCCUCCUCCGCCCCCUCCCGGUGGCCCCAUGGCUCCACCUCCACCACCUAUUACAUGCGGUUUUCCUCCUCCUCCCCCUCCGCUACCAUACGGCUGUCCACUGCUGCCACCACCUCCUCCUCCCCCACCAGGAGCUCCGCCUCCUCCUCCGCCUGGUGCACCUCCCAUUUUUGGAGUCCUUCCUCCUCCUAUGCUCCCAUCCUUUGGUACACCGAUCACCCUGCGCUCCAAAUCCAUCCCUCAGCCAUCGCACCCCCUAAAGUCCUUCAACUGGGCCAAACUCGGAGAGAAUAUGAUCAAUGGCACCAUCUGGAAUGACAUCGAUGACCUUCGAGCUUUCAAGACGCUUGACCUGAAGGACAUUGAGAAGAUGUUCUCAGCGUAUCAGCGGCAGCAGAAGGAGAUGGGAUCUAUGGACGACAUUUACGUCACCACACGGAAGGUCAAAGAGCUGUCAGUCAUCGACGGCCGACGUGCACAGAAUUGUGUCAUCCUGCUGUCAAAGUUAAAAAUGACCAAUGAUGAGAUCAGGAGGGCAAUCCUGGAGAUGGAUGAGAGAGAAGAGCUCGCCAAAGACAUGCUGGAACAGCUCCUGAAGUUUGUCCCAGAGAAAAGCGACAUCGAUCUCUUAGAGGAGCAUAAACAUGAGCUGGAGCGUAUGGCCCGGGCUGACCGCUUCCUGUAUGAUAUGAGCAGAAUUGACCACUAUCAGCAGAGACUGCAGGCGCUGUUCUUCAAGAAGAAGUUUGCAGAGCGUCUAGCUGAAAUUAAGCCCAAAGUCGAAGCCAUCCUCAGUGCGUCCAAAGAGGUGGUGCGGAGCAAGCGGCUGACUCAGAUCCUGGAGGUGGUGUUGGCCUUUGGCAACUUCAUGAAUAAGGGCCAGAGAGGAAACGCCUACGGGUUCAAGGUCUCCAGCCUAAACAAGAUCGCCGACACCAAGUCCAGCAUAGACAGGAACAUAACAAUGCUGCACUACCUGAUCAUGAUCUUUGAGAAGAACUACACGGACACUCUGAACAUCCAAGAGGACCUCAGCAGUGUCCCUGAGGCCGCCAAAGUCAAUUUGUCAGAGCUGGAAAAAGAGGUGUACAGUAUUAAAAGUGGACUGAAGGCUCUGGAGGCGGAGCUGCAGUACCAGCAGAGCAGGACGAGAGAACGCGGUGAUAAGUUUGUGGCUGUGAUUGGAGACUUCAUCACUGUGGCUGGAUUCAGCUUCUCUGAACUGGAGGACCAGCUGAGUGAUGCCAAGGACAAGUUUGCCAAAUCUCUGAAGCACUUUGGAGAGGACGAGGCCCGAAUGCAACCCGACGAGUUCUUUGGGAUCUUUGACACCUUUCUGCAGUCGUUCGGUGAAGCACAACAAGACCUGGAGAACAUGCAGAGACGCAAAGAGGAGGAGGAGAGGAGGGCGCGGAUGGAGGCCAUGCUGAAGGACCAGCGGGAUCGAGAACGCAGGACCAAGAAGAGCAGUGCCUCCGAGGAGGUCGGGGGGGAGUUCGAUGACCUGGUGUCUGCGUUACGCUCUGGCGAGGUCUUUGACAAGGAUCUGAAUAAGUUGAAACGAAACCGCAAGCGCUCCGUUAACCAGCUAGUGGAGGGUGGCGGCCGCGAGCGAGCGGUCACCAAAGUUAAUUACUAGGAGCGGAAAAGGAAGAAGACAAACUGAAUCCUGUUGUGGUGUAGCUCUCGUAACACCUGUAUCACAAUGUUUAGCCAAGACCCCCGAACUGUGAUCGGGCGGUCAGCGAUUUAGAGAAGAGGUGCGUGACGGCGGGACUGGAGCAUGUCCUGAUGUGUGUCGACAGCCACGCCGCCUGAAGGAUUCAACACUCCUCUGAAUGCUCUCGUCAUGCUCAAACCAACUGGAUGUUGUGAUGAUGUUGUGGUCUCCUGGACAGACAGACAGACGGCCUGCUGGGAAACCCCCCACCCCCCCACCCUUGGCUGUGCCCUCUUAACACUGUGCUGCAGAUUAUUUAUCCCUUCCUGUUCUGCUCCUCUUCCUGGUAAAACAUUCAUCCUCCAUAGUUCUUUGGUGCUCAGCUCACCCGUACCUCCACCGUUGAGGUCACUGUGUGCUCCCCAGAUUAAAAAAAAAAAAGACUGGAGUAUUCCUGAUGUGGUUACCUCACUUCACCUCCGUGGAUGAACCCUAACAGAAUGGAAGGAUGAAUCCAUCAGUGAUGGAUGGUUCUCCGUCACCUCCAGGAGAACGCUGACAUGGCUCCGGCUCUCUGGCAGGUCCUUCAAGGACAAACAUGGAAAGCUACAGCUGUCUGUGAUGCAUCCGGGAGUUAUUGAUUCCAAACUGCAGGGUAGCGUUUUGUUUUUUCUCCCAGUUGGCUAACGGCGUUCCCAGUGAGGACAUCCUUGCAUAUCCCAAUCUGGAGCUUCAGGGGAUAGAGCUGUUCUGAAGGAACAGUUUUCGAGCUUGAUCCAGCUCACGGACACUGUGCCACAAGCGCCACAUUCGGUUUGAAGAGCGAAGGACGAUUUUGGCGUUAGCCAGUGCCAAACGCACAGAGGAAACAUGUCAACAUAUGGAUACAAAACAUUACUGCAAUUAGGUAUUUCUCUAUAUUUAUAUUUAGAUGCAGACCAGCUAAUUGCAAUGAUGUAGAGGAUUUUUUAUGCCAUUUUUGGUACAUGCAAUGUAAUAUUUGCUCGUGUUGCAAGUUAAUGUUGCUGUUGAAGUGAAUUUCUAUACAUUUUGCGCUUUAUGUAAAUGAGAUAACAGCUUUUUUUUUCACACCGAUGUCACAUUUGCACUCCACGUUUGCUGACAAACUACUCAUGUAGGUUCUAAGGUGUUCUCUGGGGAAAACAAAAAGUCUUCUACUCAUCUACAGUUAAAUGUAAAAUGAUGAUGUGACGUCAUUGGGGAGUUUCUGGGUUUGUAUCUUUACGGGCCGAUGUGUUUUUGGUUUGCAGAACGCCGUCUGCUCAGCUGUCAGUCUCUGGUUGGUGUUUGAAUGUUCUGAUAUGAGGCCACAUGGAAUCAGUGACAUUAAAGCCAGAAGGUUCACUUGUGGUGCGUUGUUGGUGUCUCCAUGUGCUUAAUUUAAGCAUGGAUUGUAUUUAUGUGGUGCUAAUGUAUUUGAUUAAUUAUCUCUUAAAGUCUGUCAAACGGUGCAGAGCCGACAGUUCACGCAGAAGAUUCCACUCAUCUCCACUAAGCUCAUGUUUGACAUUUGGCCUCGUAUGUUAGUUUGUGGUUAAUUUUCAUUUACACUCUGUCAGUGAAGUAACAGAGUCGAGACACAGAACUUAUUCUCAUUACAAAUGUUCAGUCUGACACAAAGAAUUUGUGCAUAUGGUUGUAACACUUUAGUACGAGCACACGAACGCACGCACACACACUCCUCUGUUUACACACACGUUUGUCUUAAUACCACCAACCAUGUUUAAAGAGGGCGUGUUAUCAACUACCAAGGGGUCACAGGAUAAACAUCUUGAGAACAUCUUGGGUCCUGGUGUCUCCCAUCUUACUCUGUGGUUGUGAGACUUGGACGCUAACCAGUAAUCUAAGGCGGCGACUGCAUGUCUUUAGUACUAGGCCUCUUCGGAGGAUCCUUGAGUACCGAUGGAAUGACUUCGUGUGGAACGAGCGGUUACGUAGGGAGGCUAAGAUGAAGAAUAUCACUCGCAUUUUGAGAGAGAAUGUGGUUCAACAUUUUGGACACCCACGCUUCACCUGGCUGCAGCAGAUAGAUGGUUAUUUUCGAGAGGUGGGGAUGGACCAGUUUUCUGUCUGGGUGGUUGCCAUCCAGGACCCAAAGUGGUCCUGUAGUGUGGUGGACGUGGACUGCUGCCAGAGUCGACUAUACAUGGAUGUUAAUGUUGACCGUUUCUGUGCUUGUUGCUUUAAAUGGGAAUGAGCUGUAGAUGGAGCAAGUGGAUGUGUCCCAGCAGGAGUCCGGGUUCUUUGUGACAUAUGUCACAGAAGUAUAGAAUGGGCUUUUUCAGGCCUCAGUCUGUCUUACAGCAGGUUUAUUUCUGUCUGCACAAACAUUAAAGAUGUUUAACAUAUGAGAGCAGCACGGUGCCUUAGUAGUGUCGCACUGUUGCCUCACAGCAACAAGGUCAUGGAUUCAAUUUCCACCUGCAGCCUUUCUGUGUGGAGUUUGCAUGUUUCCUCUGGGUGCUCCGGUUUCCUUCCACAUUUAAAGACAUGCAGGUUAGGUGGAUUGGAAACUUUAUAAUUGCUCAGGUCUCCCUUGCAAAAGAGAUCUUGAUCUCAAUGAGACUAAAGGUUCAAAUAAAAAAAUGUCACUGCAAAAAAGAGCAGAAAAUCAGAUUUUGCACCCAAUGAGUUUGUAGAGAUGUUAAUAACAGCUUAAAGUGUUUUUGUGUUUAAUGUGGGGAGCUUGGAUGAGCCCCCCACCCACACACACACCAGUCCCUGAUUUGGUUUGUAGUGGAGAGAACAUGAACAAAACUGGGUGAUGAGCUGAUUGACAGUUUUAUUUCAUAAAUGGCUUCAGUGAGUAUGUGUGGGAUUCAAACAUCAGGACAGAAAAGCACCGUACGUGACAGUGUUUCUCGCUGCUGAUCUCCCAGUAUGUGGACCUCAGGUUGACCUUUCAGCGCCGUCCUCCUGUCUCGGUCUGUGUUUUGUUCUGAAACUCUGUGUGCGUGCGUUCGUGCGUGCGUGCGUGAGAUGAAGCUGACAGCUGGGAUCAUACUGCUCUAUUAGUCCCUUUACACAUUCUGUUGUAAAACCACUGGGUAGCUCUAGGUGGCGCCGUGCUCGGCCUCUGUCUGUAAAGACUGAAAGUCUCAGUUGUCUUUGACCUCUUACAGGGACGGUGUCUUCAUCAUCAUCCCAGACGCUUUCAGCCCUGUAAUGCAGGGAUUUUUUUUUUCUUCUUUACUUGGAUAUUGUUCACGUUCCACAUGUGCUGGUUUCAAACAAAAUGCAGUGCUGGGGCUGAACCACGCGGGGGCGCUGUUAUACUCGGAAGCAGUGUCUUUUUACAUGAGCACAUGAUUCUUUAUUCAGACACCUCAUCCUUCUACAGACAACUUUUUCUUAUGUUCAGUAAAAGAAAAAGCAGAGAUCAUGUGUGAAGUUUAAAGAAGAGAUCAGAGGAUGUUGGCACAAUAAAAAUAUACCAAAUAAAAUCCAAUAUUCAGACACUUUAAUCAUCAGAAUAUGACUUAAAUCCUAAGAAGAGAUCGACGUAUGAUUGCAUAUUGUCUCCUUUGAAUCCUCACAUCUGCAGUUUGAUGUUGGUGUGUUCGCUUCAUGCAGAGCUUUAACUCAUAGUGCAGAAUAUUUACUGCAGCGUUGUCAGUAUUACUACACAUUUGUGUUGUUUCUUUGUUUGGCCAUUGACUGGCUGAUUUUUGAUGUAAAGACAGUAAUCAGAGGAAUGAAAUGAGUAGCUUGUUAAAUGCACUUUUAUUAUGGGACAUUUCCAUUAACUAGGCACCAUUUUUGAAAAUUUAAAUCUCUCAAACUUGAGACUGGUGCAAAGAAAAGAACGGCAAUAAAAACGUUUGGCUUCACAAAGAAAAUUGCACAAUUCUGGACACUCGAGCCAGGUUACUGAAAAAAGAUCUGACGCAGAUCUAAAGAAAGAAAUUGAAACUUUUAUCAAAAAUGAAAUUUCUGUUUGAGUCACAUUCUUGGGUGUGUAUGAACAGGAAACUGGUUUCUUUCAAACUUUCAUGGUGCACAUGGUGAAAACAUGGUGCACAGAGUGUCACACGUUGACUUUAACAUCUGUUAGAAACACGUGUCACGUGACUGUUUGUGGCACCUGAGAAAAGUUGCACCCAGUUUUUCAAGAUUGUGUAAUUGUGAGGAGUCAGAAUUUUAUGGUUGGAAAUAAAUAAGUAUCCUCCACCAAGAGAUGUACAGUUAGAAAAAGAAAACAUUUUCAACACCAAUCUUGAUGUUUGAGAUGAGGUUUAAAAAGAUGAAAGCAUUGAGGAAUGUUCCAUUUUCUUGUAAAUUGUACCUCUAUUUAUUUGCCUUAUUUAGUUUGCUAUAUUUUGUAUGUACACAUAACAUUACAAUAAGAUGUUAUAUUAGAAAUCUCAGUAUGAAUAAAUAAACUGUGGUCCUGUAUGAUGGAUGGUUUUUGGUCUUGUAUAAGAAUUUUUUUUUUUUUUUUUACAUUUCUCUAAUUUUCUGUUUGUUUUGUAUCUUUUUUCCACCCAGUGUCUUUUGUAGGGAAACAAUAAACUUUUGUCCCUAAAAUGA